AUGGGAUUUGAGUUCGAGAUUCAGUAUAGAAUGGUAGUAAGUAAUUGGCUAGCGGAUGCUCUUUCUCGCAAGGGCCUGGAUGCUGAGAUGCAUAAUAUGGAGGUUGGGUGUUGGAAACAUUGGAACAAACUUAGGGAGGAGAUGGCACGAGACGAAUUCAUAAGUCGGGUGAAGAAGGAGCUGGAAGUCUACUGCAGUUCACAUCAAGGAUUUAGCGUGUACCAGGGAAAUAUUUAUUACAAGAACAGUUUGGUCAUUACCGCUAAGUCCCCAGUCAUACAAGAAGUAAUGGCGGAAUUCCACAACUCCCAGGUGGGUGGUCACGCUGGCGAAAGGAAGACCUACCAACGGGCGGUAGCAGAAGUGUAUUGGCAAGGCAUGAUAAAAGAUAUCAUUGUGUAUUGUACAUUAAAGAAUAUCAGGUGUGUCAACAACACAAGUCCUUAA